GAUAUCGAUGACCAGGCUGAGCAGGAAGACGAAGACAGCGAGGAUUUCAUGGGCGAAGGCAUGAAAAAGGCAAUCGCACAGUUAAACGCCGAGACAAAAGAAAAUGCGCUCGAGAGCGAAGGUAUCGUCAAAGGUGGUGAAGUGAUAAAGGUCGUAUGGGAGAAACUUAUGAAAUCAUCCGGUGAUCCUGUAGCCCAUGAGGUAUAUAAUAGGUUGCUUUUCCAUGCUUCACAACCAUACGCGGAAAUGCUCCUCAGCUGGACGACUUCUGGCGAUCUCGAUGAUCCCUACGAUGAGCUUCUCGUGCGCGAAGCCAAAUCAAUCAGUAAGAAAGGUCUCGAUAUGGAUUAUACCGAUGAAUACUGGGAGAAAAGAUACACACUCCGUGAUGGCUCUAGUGUAGAUAAGCCUUUCAAACCUGAUACAGCAUUCAAUAGCGAUGGAAAUCUUAAGCGCCUUGCAGGUGGUGCAUGCGUGCCACCUUUCCUGGAGGCAUGGAAGUUCAAAAUCCUCUUUGCUGGAAAAUAUCUCAAUGUCAUCAGAGAAUGUGGCAUCGAAGUCACUAAAACGCGGAACUUUGCAGAACUUGACAAAAUGUCCAUAAAUUCGGCUCCAUUCUACAAGCAAGUUGAGGAUGCCUACACCCAUGCUAAUAGAGCACUCCUAAAGCUGCUCUUGGAAGAUGAAGGCUUGGUAUCACGCUUGAGGAGCUUGAAGCACUACUUUUUCCUCGCUGAGUCUGAUUUCUUCGUCCACUUCCUAGACCAGAGCUACAAUGAGCUGCGAAAGCCGGCCAAGAGCGCCAACCUUGUUAAAUUACAAUCUUUGCUGGAUCUGACGCUGCGCAACCCUGCUUCACCUAGUUUCAACGAUCCAUAUAAAGAGGAUGUCAAGAUAACAAUGAAUAAGGAACCACUCUAUCAAUGGCUGCUCACCGUCGUCAACGUCAGUGGUGCGCUUGGUCAGGAGGAGAACUUCAACCAACGUAAAGGAGCAGAGGAAAAGCCAAUUAGAGCAAUAGAGGGUAUGUCAUUCGACUACACGGUUAAUUUCCCAUUGUCACUCGUCAUAUCCCGCAAGACAAUCCUAAGAUACCAACUUAUAUUCCGAUUCCUUCUCCAUUUGAAAUAUACCGAGAAUGCGCUCGUUGGGAUGUGGGGUGAGCACGCACAGGAUUGUUGGAGACGGAACCUUAAUUACAAGCCUUUCGAUAUGUGGAGAACGCGGGUCUGUGUCUUGAGAGCCCGCAUGUUGGAGUUUGUCAGACAGGUUACUGGCUAUGUCUGCGAAGAGGUCCUACACAUAAAGUCGUUAGAACUCGAAGAGAAGAUUGGUAGGGUCCAGACAGUUGAUGCACUUCUCAAGGAUCAUGUUGAUUUCCUCGACGGAUGUGUUAAAGAGUGUAUGCUUUCAAAUGCUCGUUUGAUUGAGCGCUUGCAGAAUAUCAUGAAAACUAUAGGCACAUUCACACUCUACUCUGUGCAACUAACCAAAACAGCGGUCGAAGCUAUGGAUGCUAUCAUCGGAGCACGGAAGAGUGGGAUGGAACCGUCUGAGACACUUGUUCCGCUUGCGAAAAUAUGGAACGAGCUCAAUAAAUUCGAACACGCGUUCAAUAAGCAAAGUAAAAUUAUGCGCGACUCACUCGCGUUUUAUGCAUCAUCAGAGAACCCAUCUCUGCUUGCGUUGUUAGCACGAUUAGUUGGUAGCCCAUAGUUUAAAUUCCUGUAAAUUGUUGUAUUUAAUUUCAGAUCGAUUUUUAAUUUAUGUUGU